UGCCUUUGCAUUGCCGGCCACUGCCGGAGCUCUGGGCAGAGGCAGCUCGCUCGCAGAGGUGCUGGGACAACCGAGGUGGCCCUGCGCUGGUGGCCCCCGCCGGACCAUGGCAUGGGCACAGGGGGAUCUGACAUCCUCGCUCUCCAUCGUCAUAACCUUGGCUGCCUGCCUCUCGGCCACCACCAGCGAAGUGAACUUGCUAGACACAUCAACAAUCCUGGGAGACUGGGGCUGGAUGACUUAUCCCUCACAUGGGUGGGAUUCAAUCAAUGAAAUGGAUGAGUUUUUCAGCCCCAUCCACACCUACCAGGUGUGUAACGUCAUGACCCCCAACCAGAACAACUGGCUCCGGACCAACUGGGUGCAGCGGGACGGGGCGCGGCGCGUGUACGCAGAGAUCAAAUUCACGCUGAGGGACUGUAACAGCAUGCCAGGCGUGCUGGGCACCUGCAAGGAGACCUUCAACCUCUACUACAUGGAGUCUGACCGGGACCUGGGCACCAGCACCCGCGAGAGCCAGUUCCUCAAGAUCGACACCAUCGCAGCAGACGAGAGCUUCACCAACGUGGACCUGGGCGUGCGGCGCCUGAAGCUGAACACGGAGGUGCGGGGCGUGGGGCCGCUAAGCAAGAGGGGCUUCUACCUGGCCUUCCAGGACAUUGGCGCCUGCAUCGCCAUCGUCUCGGUGCGCGUGUACUACAAGAAGUGCCCGGCCACCGUGAGGAACCUGGCGUCCUUCUCUGAGGCCGUGACUGGGGCAGACUCGUCCUCCCUGGUGGAAGUGCGGGGAGAGUGCGUGGGCCAUUCCGAGGAGAGGGACACCCCCAAGAUGUACUGCAGUGCCGAGGGAGAGUGGCUGGUGCCCAUCGGGAAGUGUGUGUGCAGCGCUGGCUAUGAGGAGCAGCGGGAUUCCUGCAUGGCCUGCCAGCUGGGAUUUUACAAAUCAGCCCCUGGGGACCAGCUGUGUGCCAAAUGUCCCCUGCACAGCCACUCGGAGAGCCGGGCAGCUCGUGUGUGCCACUGUGACAGCAGCUUCUACCGCGCCGUGCAGGACCCUCCCUCGGCCGCCUGCACACGGCCCCCCUCUGCUCCGGUGAACCUGAUCUCCAGCGUGAACGGCACCUCGGUGACGCUGGAGUGGGGCCCGCCGCUGGACAAGGGCGGCCGCGCGGACGUCGUGUACAACGUGCGGUGCCGGCGCUGCGCGGGCGCUGCGGGGCCGUGCGAGGCCUGUGGCAGCGGCAUCCGCUUCGUGCCGCAGCAGAUGCGCCUGGAGCAGGGAGCGCUCACCGUCACUAACCUGCUGGCACACACCAACUACUCCUUCUGGGUGGAGGCCGUCAACGGCGUCUCCGACCUCAGCCUGGAGUCCAGGAGAGCUGCAGUGGCCAACAUCACGACAAACCAGGCAGCCCCAUCACAGGUGGUGGUGGUGCAUCAGGAGAGCACAGGCCAGAACAGUGUCACCUUGCUGUGGCAAGAGCCAGACCAGCCCAACGGCAUCAUCCUGGAGUAUGAGAUCAAGUACUAUGAGAAGGACAAGGAAAUGCAGAGCUACUCAACUCUGAAAUCCAAAAGCACCACUGCCACCAUCUCUGGGCUCAAGCCUGCAACCCGCUACAUUUUCCAGGUGCGGGCUCGCACCUCUGCCGGCUGCGGGAGGUUCAGUCAGACUGUGGAGGUGGAAACGGGGAAGCCAGUGUCUCUCCGGUAUGACACGAUGACGAUUGUCUGGAUCUGCCUGUCACUCAUCACUGGCCUUGUCACCUUGCUGCUGGUUUUGAUCUGCAAGAAGAGGCACUGUGGGUACAGCAAGGCUUUCCAGGACUCUGAUGAGGAGAAGAUGCAUUAUCAGAAUGGGCAAGCAGGGCUGCCUGAGAGUGCUGAUCUCCUCUCUCCACUUUGCAACCCGGCAGUGAAGUUCCCUGAGUCCAAGUUCUAUGUGGACCCCCACACAUACGAGGACCCCUGCCAAGCUGUGCAUGAGUUCACCCGGGAAAUAGAGGCCUCCCGGAUCAAGAUUGAGAAGGUCAUCGGGUCUGGGGAGUCUGGAGAGGUGUGCUACGGCCGCCUGAAGCUGCCAGGGAAGAGGGAGAUUCCCGUGGCCAUCAAAGCACUGAAGGCUGGCUACACAGAGAAGCAGAGACGGGACUUCCUGAGCGAGGCCAGCAUCAUGGCACAGUUCGACCACCCCAACGUCAUCCACCUGGAGGGGGUGGUCACCAGGAGCAAAUUGGUAAUGAUUGUUACUGAAUACAUGGAGAACGGCUCGCUAGACACCUUCCUCAGGAAACACGACGGGCAAUUCACCAUCAUCCAGCUGGUGGGGAUGCUGCGGGGCAUUGGGGCAGGCAUGAGGUACCUGUCUGACCUAGGCUACGUGCACCGGGACCUGGCCGCCCGCAACAUCCUGGUCAACAGCAACCUGGUGUGCAAGGUGUCUGACUUCGGCCUCUCCCGCAUCCUGGAGGACGACCCCGACGCUGCCUACACCACCACGGGGGGGAAGAUCCCGAUCCGCUGGACAGCUCCUGAGGCCAUCGCGUACCGCAAGUUCUCCUCGGCCAGCGACGUGUGGAGCUACGGGAUCGUCAUGUGGGAGGUGCUGGCCUACGGCGAGCGGCCCUACUGGAACAUGACCAACCGCGACGUCAUCACCUCAGUGGAGGAAGGCUACCGCCUGCCUGCGCCCAUGGGCUGCCCCAGCCCCCUGCACCAGCUGAUGCUGGACUGCUGGCAGAAGGAGCGCAGUGAGCGGCCUCGCUUCUCCCACAUUGUGGGCAUCCUGGACAAGCUGAUCCGCAACCCCGACAGCCUCAAGUGCACAGGCACCAUCAACAGGUUCACCCAGCCACGCCUGGACAGGGGUCUCCUGGACCUGAGCAGCUGCCUGACUGUGGAGGACUGGCUGGACUCCAUCCGCCUGGGGCACUACCGCGACAACUUCGCCAUGGCCGGGUACUCCUCCCUGGGCAUGGUGAUGCACAUGAACCUCGAGGAUGUUCGGAGUCUGGGCAUCACCAUGAUGGGCCACCAGAAGAAGAUCUUGAGCAGCAUCCAGGCCAUGAGAUCCCAGCUGCUGAACACGAACGGCCCCAGGAGGCAUCUCUGACCAAAAGCUCUGCAGAGCUGCAUCAGGCAUUCCUUAACACUUACCCUGGCAAAGGGGCUGCAGGGUGGUGAGCAGGAACAGGGGCACCAGCAGCUGGAGCCCUGCCAGCAUCUCUGUGAUUUCAGCAUUGGUGGAAACGUGGUGUUCCAGAUACCUUGGGGGUCCUGCUGCUUCCUUCCCCCAGGGGAAGGGGGGAGCAGCCUUACAAGCAGACACAUCAUGAUUCUGCCAUUUCCCUGUGGGACUGGGGGUGUCCCCACAGCUGUGCAGGACAGGAGAAAACCCCUUCACCCAGUGGGAUGGUCCAGCAGCUCCUGCAGGUGCAGGGGCAUCAGCCACAUCAGCAAUAAGCAAGAGCAGUGGGCUGGGCUUGCCAUGGCACACAGCUCCUGUGGAUCAGGCAGCUCCUGGGAUCUCUGAACGGAGCAAGAUCUGCACCCUGCACACAGCAGGGACUGCCCUGCUCCCUGCACCUCCCAGCACGCUCCAGCCUGGGCCUCCCAACUGCACCUGCCUGAAGGUGACUUCAUGGCCCACCUCCAGGGGACAGAAAACAAGGUAGCAGUGCCAGGAGCACCUGGCUCUGCCCUCAGACCAUCCCACCCAGCUGGGAGGAGAGUUGUCCAGGGCCUUCUGCCUGGAGACUCAAGAAGCCCUGGAGUGCUGCAGGACACUCUCCACCUCUUCAAGCCACCAGCACUACUGCAUGGAUCCAGCACAGCCCUCCAGGCAGCCCAGGCAUAUUUCCUAGGGCCACAAGCUCAGGUUUCUCUGCCAGCAGAAUCAUCCUGGCCUCCCCCAGAAGAGAGAGGAAAGGGAGAGUGUGCUCCCAUGUCACAUGAUAGAGGGACAGAGAAACAGCUCUGCUUUGUUCUUACACUGUCCUAGAGAGGCCCAUGAGCUGUGCCAUCACCUGGCUGCCAGUGCCCAGGGCUGCUCAUCACCUGCAGAGGAGGGGUCCUGGCCGUGUUUCCAGCUGCAAUCACAGCAUCCUGUGGCUGGGGACAGAGGUUCUGGGCACAGACCUCCCUGCUGGUGACCCUGGGAGAGUGGUCUGUCCUCCACAGGAGCAUCUCUGGGUGAGCUUGCCUGGUGCUGAGCAGUGGCCUCCAGAGAUGUGUGGAGCUGGUCCAAGAGGCUGAGCUGGGUGCAGAGGUGCAGAUAACUGGGGAGUGGGGCAGGCUGUGGGCUGGGAGUUUCCUUUUGGUGUAAAUACAAUUUUCUAUGGGUUUGGGAGCUGUUUUACUGAAGUAGGAUGUUAGGUACACAAAAUGGUCUCAAAGCACAGAAGCCUCAGUUGUGGGGCUGAACUCACUGCAAAAAACACGUGCCGGGAGCAUGGCUGGGGGUGACAGGAGGGGAGGGACACUGGGGAGGAGCCUCAGUCCCUGCAGGGUCCAGCCUGACCCCAGCAGCCUGUCCUUCCCUCGGCACAGCAAACCCAGCAGCACUCCAGUGCAGGUGCUGUGGGAUGGGGCCUGGGGGCUGCUCCUGCCAGGCCUGCUGGGGCACAGGGGGGUGGGGGGUGGGUUAAAGCCAUUUCUCAGCUGCAAUAAUCCUGGCUAAACCAGCCUGUCCGGGGCUGGCUUGGCUGUCCACGCAGAGCACUUGUGUGCUGAUGGAUUCUCUGACUAUGGUGGGUAUUUUACUUCUUCCUAUGGAAGCUUUUUGUGAGGGGGACAGAUGCAAUGUGUUGUUUCAUUUGUAUUGCACCCUGCAUCCUGCACUCAGCCCUGGCACACUCCCUCCCCACAGCCAGCAUGUGAUGAAGCUCAUCCAAGCCCUGCAGCACAGGCGGCUGGUGCUGGCCCUGUCCUCUCUUCCCAACAUUUGGGACUCUGUCACAGACACGUGAGAGCAGAGGUCAGAGCAGUGCCACACCUGUGUCCUUGGGGUUUGCUGGGCAGCCCCAGCCAGGUGGGCUGCAGGAUCUGAGGCUGGGAGCUGCCAGAUGGCCCCUUUGCAGGUGGUUCAUGAGUCAGAUCCUGCAGUGUGGGGUCCCUGCGCUGCUCCUGGCUGUGGGGAUGGUGGGGCAGGGUUUGCCUUUUAUGUUCAGAGUGUGUGCUUCCCCCUGGACAAUAAAAAUCCCUCUUUCCGUGA